GAGCCCUUCCCAACUUUUCCUAGGCUGGAUAUGUUAAGUAGUUUGUAUUUUUUUUAAUAGUUGUUCGAUUUACCUGCAUAUGGUUAGUGUCUUUCAAAGGUUCGUCUACCUUUAUGAGUUGGAAAACGAUCUGGCAAUGGAUAGCAAGUCCACACAUGCUCCAUGUAAUACACAUAAAAGACUCUUCCUCCUCCCGAUUUAAUUGUUACACGAUGUAUGUGUGUGUGAGCGCGCGCGCGCGCGCGUACGUACGUGUGUUUGCGUAUGGAUAGGUGUUUAGCCCUCCCACGACAUUGUGAGUUGUGAAAAUAGGUGGAUAUGUAGACGAAGUGACCGUCAGCACUUCCUUGUCUUUCCGCCUUUACACACCCAGGUACGUGGGAAGUGUUGCCUCACCCUGCCUAUUAUUUCCUUUGUACCUUCUGCUGUGCUUCAAUACUUCUGAAUCUCAUCAAAGAAAAGGUUUUCCAACUCUGGCUUUGGAGCAGUUAAACUGCCUGUCAAGGAGGAGCCCAUUAUGGAGGCCAAGUAUGGAAAGGUUCUUAGCAAAGAAAAAAUAUCCCAUAUGGAAUAUCUUCCCAGCAGAAACAACGAGUCUAUACCAUUGAAAAGUCUCUACAUGGAAGAGACCUCUCUUCUACAUCCAGGUCUGGGCUCAUUCUUUUUGGAUGGGAAGCGACGAGUGGACUAUGUUUUAGUAUACCACAUUCAAAAGCCAAGCAGUGAAAGACGUCAGUCAUCCAGGUUUAGAGACAACAAUUUUGUCCGACGACUUCACCGGAGCUUGAAAUUGAGAGGCAGCCAAGCUCCUUUGCACCCCAAAGAGGACCCUGAGAUUGCUGCCCAGGAGCAACGGGCAGAUUAUCAUGAGGAUGACAAGCGCUUUAGACGUGAGGAAUUUGAGGCAAACCUCCUGGGGAUGGGUCUGGAACUAGAAAAGGAUGAAGAGGGUAAAAUUCCUGGGAUUGGUUUUUUGAAGAUUCAUGCUACGUGGAACACUUUAUGUCGAGAGGCUGAAUUUAUGAAGCUAAAGAUGCCAACAAAAAUGGUGUAUGAAGUGAAACAAGGCAGUAACGUUGUGGAGAAGAUCCGACUGCUGCUUCACAAAGUCACAACUCCACUUCACCCAAAGGUUGAUGCCCUUCAGUCACCAACUCUCAAGUCCCUCUCUUAUCCAUUCUCUAAGGAGAAGCUGCAUUUAUUCGAUAUGUCAGACAAGGACAAUUUCUUUGACAGCAAGACAAGAAGCUCAAUAGUCUCUGGGAUACUGAAGAGGACACGAUGCACUUGGGCUAAGUACUCUCUAGGAAUAUCAAGUCUACUAGCCAAUGGGGUCUAUACAUCUGCUUUUCCAUUGCAUGAUGGAGACAUUGAUGGUGUAAAUGGAGGACCAAAUGACAGGAGGCUGUUAUAUGAGGAAUGGGCCAGCUACAGUGUCUUCUACAAGUACCAACCAAUUGCGCUCAUCAGAAAAUAUUAUGGGGAAAAGGUUGGGCUGUAUUUUGCCUGGUUGGGUGUAUACACACAGAUGCUAAUUCCUGCAGCCAUUGUUGGUGUCAUUGUAUUUCUCUACGGCUGUGCAACUGUUGACGACAACAUUCCCAGUAUGGAGAUUUGCGACCCAAGGAACAACAUCACCAUGUGCCCAUUGUGUGAUCGUGUCUGUGGCUACUGGAAGUUGGCGACUGCAUGUGGAACAGCUCGUGCAAGCCACCUGUUUGACAACCCUGCAACUGUCUUUUUUUCUGUCUUUAUGUCUCUUUGGGCUGUUCUCUUCAUGGAGCACUGGAAAAGACGACAGGUACGGCUUAACUACAUGUGGGGCAUGACAGACAUUGGCGAGGAAGAAGAGGAAGAACACAAGGACAACAACCGAGCUGAAUAUGAGUUACUUGUCAUGGAGAAGACAAUGAGACAAGAGAGUUCAAUCUCAAAGGGUGAGAAGAUAAAGCUAACGUGCACUGACAGACUACCAGCCUACCUAACCACAGUGGUCACAAUGGCUUUCCUGAUUGCAGUAACUUUUGCCAUUGUCUUCGGAGUCAUCUUGUACCGUAUCAGCAUAAAGACAGCACUGCACCUGAGCGACUACCCUGCAGCCCGGUACAACGUUCGAGCUGUUGUAAAAACAACAGCUGCUAUCAUCAACCUCAUCGUUAUAAUCAUUUUAGAUGAAAUCUAUGGUGCCAUUGCACGAUGGCUCACACGACUGGAGGUUCCAAAGACAGACAAAAGCUUUGAGGAGCGCCUUAUCUUCAAAACCUUCAUUCUGAAAUUUGUCAAUGCCUUUACACCUAUCGUUUAUUUGGCCUUUUUCAGGGGCAGGCUGGUCGGGCGGCCUGGAAACUACUUGUAUGUGGUUGGAUCGUAUAGAAUGGAAGAGUGUGCACAUGGUGGUUGCCUGAUGGAGCUUUGCAUCCAAUUGUGCAUCACAAUGCUGGGCAAGCAGCUAAUCCAGAACAACCUGUUUGAGGUCGGCAUACCAAAAUUAAAAAAACUCUUACGGAGGAGGAAAACAGAAUCUGCCACAAAGCAAGCAGAAGAGCUUAACAAAACCCUGCAGAGGCAUGAGAAAGAUCACAUCCUGGGUCCAUUUGUUGGCCUCGGCCCUGAAUACAUGGAAAUGAUUAUCCAGUUUGGAAUGGUGACACUUUUCGUUGCCUCUUUUCCUUUGGCCCCACUCUUUGCUCUCCUGAAUAACAUCAUCGAGAUCCGCCUUGAUGCGAAGAAGUUUGUUAUGGAGCUGCGUAGACCUAUUGCAGUCCGAGCCAAAGACAUAGGGAUCUGGUAUAAACUCCUCAGAGGACUCAGCAAAGUAGCCGUCAUUGUUAAUGCCUUCGUCAUCUCCUUCACUUCUGACUUCAUUCCACGACUUGUCUACCAGUACAUGUACAGCAAUGAUGGCACAAUGCAUGGGUUUAUCAAUCACAGUCUAGCGUAUUUUAAUGUCAGCGACUUCCAACCUGACAAAGAACCCAAUCAAUCACACUACCAUGGCUACAAAGUGGAAAUCUGCAGAUAUAAGGACUACAGAGAGCCUCCAUGGUCCAGCACACCGUAUGAGCUUUCUAAAGAAUUCUGGGCUGUUCUUGCAGCUCGACUUGCUUUUGUCAUCGUCUUUCAGAAUGUGGUGAUGCUUAUGAGUGACUUUGUAGACUGGCUGAUCCCUGGUAUUCCAAAGGACAUCAGCCUUCAGCUCCACAAGGAGAGGGUCCUAAUGGUUGAGCUUUUUAUGAAGGAGGAAAAGGGCAAAAGACUAGCAUUGCAGGAAAACCGACACAAGGACAGCAGUUCACCAUUUUUAACCAACCAGAGCCCAUCACAGCCACGCUCAAGACCCUCACAUGGUAACUGGUUUUAAAAAUGAAAUGAAAAAAAAAAAACCCAGAAACCAACAUCAAAAUCGUUGCACUGCAUAUUUUUUACAGGUCUGAUGAUUUAUCCCUAAAUUUUGUAGUGAUUGCUUCAAAAUUCCCUUAGAUAACAAUCUCUUAACUUUCAAAAGUGGUAAAUUUUGCAUUUAGUCUACAUUUAGCAUUAUCCUGCCCUAUUAAAAGUAAUGUGUUUUUCUUACUGAUUUAACCUAAUAAGACUCAUCCAUCCAUCAAUUUUUAUCCGCUUAUCCAUUACCGGGUCACGGGGGCAGUAGUC